AGGGCCAAGUUCGUAUCGUUGGACAUUAUUCUGAACUCUCGUUUCAUGAUACAGUAAUCACGAGCUGACGUGAUGUUGAUCGUCUCAAGCGCCAUGCGAAACAAAAGUCAACUACGAACAAAUCUUGGACGAGAAGGGAAUGCCAAAUUCUAUAUCUAGCGCAUGCCGUCGUCGCUGUUACUGCACAACAGUUUGGCUUGGCCAAUCAGACGCUAGUCAACGGCCCGCCGGAUAUCCUGUCGGGAUGCCGCGCGCGCGAAACGCCGGGUGUCGUGCAGCCGUACGCCGUUGGGAUCAUCGAUGUGCGAGAGGCCGGCGACGAUUCCCACGGCGACCGAGCGAGUCGUUGCGCGCAUUUCGCCGAACACCUCGCGGGGGCGUGCUUUCAGCGAUGGAGGGAGGCCGGGUCCACGCGCAGCCGCAGCUGCGCCCAGGGAGCGAGCGCACCAGGCUGGGCGUCUACCACGACGUGCUGCGCCGGCUCAGGGACGCCGGCGCGACCGAGGCGCUCGCGCCGGACUUCGCCGACAGGCUCUGGGCGCACUUCCACCGCUUCAGCGUCAGGUACGCGUUGGAUGUGAACGCCGAGAGGGCGGAGGAUGUUCUGGUGCACAUGCAGCUGCUCGACAGGGCUAAGCGCUCGGAGAAUCAGCCUGCCUUCUCACUCAGAGUUGUUCAGGUGCCUCCAGAGGUUGAUGCCAGUGAGCCCGAUUCUUCUGAACCCAAUUCAACUGAAGAGGGCGCCUGUGCAACCCCAAUUUCCCACGCUAAUGUCAGCAAUAACCUCAUGUGAAAGGGAUAACUCUGCUAACUCAUGCUUUGCUCAUUUUAUUUUAAGAUGGCUCAACUCGUAUGGUCUACUCGUUUCAGUUUCCAACCGUCUGAAUGGAGAUAUGCAUGCAACAAUAUGUAAUAAGAUCGCGCGAUUGGUGGACUGCGCGAUCAGUCACGGCUUAACGCACUCCUUUCUAGAUACAUAGCUUUUGCUACUUAUCUAGAUAUAAUAUAUAUC